GUUAAUUAUACGUAAAGAUAUAAAGAUGAGCCGCAGAAAUGGUCCCAAGCUUGAGUUGAAGCUGAACCUAUCACCACCAAGGCUUAAUCCAAGAGUGGAAUCACCAAGCCGAUCAGCAACCGUGUCACCGACAUCUCCUCCAAGCUCAUGCGUGUCAUCAGAGAUGAACCAGGACGUUGACGCUAGCGUCAGAUACUCGAGCAGCCCUGAGGCAACAUCCAUGGUUCUUGUAGGGUGCCCAAGGUGCCUGAUGUACGUGAUGCUUUCAGAGGAUGACCCAAAGUGCCCCAAAUGCAAGAGCACCGUUCUGCUUGAUUUCCUCCAUGAUACUGCUACCACUACCACCAUCAAGACAAGAAAGAGCUAGACUAGGAUCCCCCACCCCCACCCCUGCGCUAAUUUUAAUGUUGCCUUUUAGGACUUCUAUGUUAUAGCUCCCUUUGCCUAAAUUUUACCCUUUUAUCUUCCUCAGAUAGCGCUGCUUGCGCUCCACUUUUUCUUAAUUUUUUUUUUCUAUAAACUCCUUGCAGAGCAAAAAUUAGUGAUCUAAAACGUGGAGCACGAUUAGCCCUGGUCUUUUGUUUUUGUGGGUUCCUAAUCAUAGAACAUAGAAUAUGGGCGUUUAUGGUAGUGGGUGUCUCUGUUUUGGUCUGGUUUUGGGUUUCUUCCCUCUUUAGCAGAGGACUAUGUAAACUGGUUUAACUGUAACUGCCCAAAUUUUCUCAUGAAAAAGAAAAAAUAUAUAUAUAUGCUCGGCAAAAGUAGUUGAGUUUUUU